CCGAGUCUACUUGGCCCAAAACAUGUGGGGUUUUUAAUUGCAAGAACAAUUAGAAGGAGAAAAAACAUAAAAAAGUGAUUUAGGGUUUUUGCACAGUCUCUUACAUAUAAAGGGAAGUCCUUAUCUUAUAGUAUCGGUUAGCUCUUCCAUUUCGCAAUCCGUUCCAAACCACAUAAGCUUCAACAAAGAUGGAUGUAGAAAAGUUGAAGAAGAUGGCCAGUUCUGUUCGAACUGGUGGGAAGGGUACUAUGAGAAGGAAGAAGAAAGCUGUCCACAAGACUACUACUACAGAUGACAAAAGGCUUCAAAGCACCCUGAAGAGGAUAGGAGUGAAUGCUAUCCCUGCAAUUGAAGAAGUCAACAUCUUUAAGGAUGAAAUAGUUAUCCAGUUUUUAAACCCCAAAGUACAAGCAUCUAUUGCUGCCAACACUUGGGUUGUUAGUGGUUCACCACAAACAAAGAAGUUGCAGGAUAUUCUCCCCAACAUCAUCCACCAAUUAGGGCCAGAUAACUUAGAAAACCUGAAGAAGCUAGCUGAACAAUUUCAGAAGCAGGUUCCUGAAGCAGGAGAUGGUGCAACCGCAGCACAAGAGGAUGAUGAUGAUGCGGUCCCUGAUCUUGUCCCAGGGGAGACUUUUGAGACAGCUGCUGAGGAGACUAAGUCUUAAGAGUUUUUACUGUGCCAUCUUUUAUAUAUUUUUAUGGUUGUUACUAAAUCUGGGAAUUAUCAUGCACGAUUAUGGAGGAAAAGUGAUCUGGAUUUGCAGAAUACAGAAAAUUAUAAACAGAAACAUGCAAGAUUUCAACUUGAAGUUCACAUCAUUGGAUAACUUUUUUGUCAUCAUCAAUUGGGACAUUUGACUUUGGAUUUAAACUGCGUGUCAUGUAGAGCAUUACAUGGUGUUAGUGACCGAACAAGAUCAUGGAGCAUUACAUGUAAACCGAUUUAAUUAGAAAA